GGGAAGUAGUAUUUCCGGGUCACUUCGGUGGGCCGGGUUUCCGGGUCACCUGGAGGGUGCUCUCGCCAUGGGGACCGGGAAGGGUUCGGGCCCGGAGCUGCCGGACGUCCGCAGCUGGAAGAUCGAGGGGACCCCGCUGGAGCUGGUGCAGGAGAGGUUGCGGAGACGGGGCCUGAGGGACCCGUGGGCCCGCAAUGAAGCCUGGCGGUUCAGCGGAGGCUUUCGUAAAUCUAUCACCUUCAGCGAUAUCUUCUUUCGAGGCUUCAAAUGGGGAUUUGCAGCAUUUGUUGUGGCUUUAGGUGUUGAAUAUGCAUUAUUUUCUCCCAAGAAAAAUGGAGGACAUCACUAGUAAAUGAAGACUGAAGAGCUUUGAAAUUAUGAAAAGCACUCAAACCUUUCCAGUCAGUGAGCUGUAACCAGUGCACAAGUCAAGAGGCAAAUGUCUUUAAAGAAUAAAAUAAUUAAUUGAAUCAGCA